AUGUUUAUAAGACGAUCAAAUUAUGUUGAUGCGUAUUCUCGAAUCAAGGCAGCUUCAUUAUCAGGAUCAUGUACAGUUUUAAUUUUUGUUGCUCUUGAAGUUGAUGCUCUUUGUGCUUGUAAAAUGUUAUCCACAAUAAUGAAACAUGAUUUUAUUUCUCAUAAAAUUCAACCUGUAUCAGGUUAUCAGGAUAUAAUGGAUAUAAAUCAAACGGUGGUUUUGAAUAAUGAAAAUUUGAGGUUUCUUAUAUUAUUAAAUUGCGGUGCUUUAAUUGAUUUAUCUCAAUAUCUUACUCCUCAAGAUUAUGUUACUAUAUAUGUUAUUGAUUCUCAUCGUCCAUGGAAUUUGGAUAAUGCAUUUUCUGAUAAUAAUAUUUUUGUUUUUGAUGAUGGAGAUAUUGAAGAAAAACUUUCUGAAGAACGAAGAGCAUAUGAGGCAUUGGCGGAGGCAAGUGAUUCAGAGUUAGAACGUGAUGAUGAUUAUGAUGACUCAAUAUCUGAUGAAAAAGAUUUUUUUUUUGAAGAUGAAAAUUUUGAAAAAAGUAAAUUAGAAAAACAGAAUACAUUAGUAUCAAAUAAUAACCUUGAGGAUCUGGUAUCAUCGGGCGAUGCUAAAAACAAGGAAGUAUCAUCGGAUCCUGCCCAAUUGUCUUUGGAUUGUCCUGCAAAACAUGAUUCUCGAAGUGCAAAACGAAAGCAAUAUUAUAAAUAUCAAAGAAUUAUUUCAAAUUACUAUGAUUCUGGUACUUGGUUUGGAGAGUGCAUAUCCAGUCAAGUGUAUUCUCUUGCGUCCGAUAUAGGAAGAGAAGAUAAUGAAUUACUUUGGCUUGCUAUUAUAGGACUAACAAGUCAAGAAAUUCAUAGAAGGACAAGUUAUAAUAAAUAUUUACAGCUAUACUCCUUAUUUAAGGAUGAAGUUAACCGGUUGAAUCCUCCUGUUUUAGAUACUAAAAAUAUAAAAAGAGCAAAUGGAAGAACAGCAGAUGAUUCUUCAAUUAAGGCAAGGGACGAGUUUCGAUUUAUGUUAGUUCGGCAUUGGAGUUUGUAUGAUGCUAUGCUUCAUUCAUCUUAUUUAGGUGCUAAAUUAAAAAUUUGGUCUGAAUAUGGUAAAAAAAAAUUGCAUAAAUUAUUUGCAAAAAUGGGGAUUUCUUUGCAGCAAUGUCGUCAAAUAUAUACUCAUAUGGAUAUUGAUUUGAAAAAAAAUCUUCAAGAAAAAUUGGAUAGAUUUGCCCCUUUGUAUGGAUUAAAUGAUUUGAUAUAUCCGAGUUUUAUUCGGACAUUUGGUUUUAAAUGUACAUUAAGUGCUAGUGAUGCAAGCUAUGGGCUUAGUGCCCUCUUAGAAACAGGAAAACAUAAAUGCGAAAAAUACGAUCCUAAUAAGGAAAAUGAAAGACCAUUAAAAAAUAUAGAACAUGGCAAUAAACAAGAGGAUAUGGUUCGAGAUCUUUGGCUUACAUAUUUCUAUGAUGCUUUUGAUGCAUUGGAUAAUAUUGAUGCUCUGUAUUCAUCUUUAAGUGUCGCUAUGGAAUUACAAAGAGCGAUUGUUCGCACUGGGACAUAUUUGAUAGAUAAACGUGCAAUUAGACAUUUAAAAGCGUUUCGCAUUGCUGUUUUAAAAGAAGGACCAGAUCUCGGUAUUUUUACACAUCCAUUUGCACUUUCUAAGUUAGCAAUAUGGGUGGCCGAUGCUAUUAAUGAACAAGAACGUGAACAGGGACGAACACGACAUCUUCCUUUUGUAAUUGCAUCUUUAAAUGAACGUACUGAUACAUAUCUUUUACUUGGGACAUCUGUCUCUACAUCUUCUGAUGAAUUAGAAGACAAUGCCAGCUAUAAUAGAAAUCGAUUUGGUUUAAUUUUUUCUCAAGUUGCCCAAGCUACUUCGGCUCGUCUUAAAAUGGAUGCUUUUGAUGCAUAUUGUGUUGAAGUUUAUAAACAAGAUCUUGCCAACUUUCUUGAAAUAUUAAGCACUAAAAUAAUGUUUUAA